AUGGCGGGUCGCUAUCGCGUGAGCUACCCCGUGUCCAAUCCCGGGACAGAGACACAGGAAUGGUAUACGCUUCGUGAGGGUGACGAGUCAGCCUUCUUCCUCUCCCACUGGUUCCCUACGUCGGCGGUCGGCGAGCCGGUCCAGCCCAAAGCGGCCAUCGUCUUUGUGCAUGGCUUUGCGGACUACUGCCAGCGCUAUGCGGGUGUGUUUCAGGGCUUUACGGAGCGUGGCUACCAGGUAUCGGGCUUUGACCAGUUCGGGUUCGGUAGCACAUGGUAUGAGUCGCCCGAGCGCGUGUCGACCCACGGCUGGACGACGUGGCCGGAGCAGAUGGCGGAUAUUGCCUCUAUGGUGAAGCUGAUGCGUGCGCGUCUCGACAAGAAGUGGGGCGAAGGCGUCGUUCCCAUCUAUUUGCUGGGCCACAGCAUGGGCGGUGGCCUAGUGGCGGGCUUCUUUACGCGCGAUGCCAGCUCGCCGCCUGGUGAGGACGUCAAGAGCCUCGUGUCCGGUGCGAUGCUCUCCUCUCCGUGGCUGGAUAUUCACUACCCGAUCCCCCGGUCUAUCGCAGUGCCGGUGCUGCGCGCAGCACUGUACAUGUUCCCCCGCCUGCACCUACCGCUCGGGCCGCUUUCCGACGACCUGAGCCGCGACAAGCAGCUGUGUGAAGCCAACCGCCAGGACCCGCUUAGCAGCACGCAUGUGCAUGUGCGCUGUCUGCUGGGCCCGCUGGCCGGGGGGCCCAGGAUCGUGGAGGAGGAGUAUACGCGGUGGCCCAAGCGCCUGCCUCUAUUGAUCUGCCAUGGCACGGGCGACAAGGUGACGCAGUGGGCGAUGAGCGAGCGCCUGUACCAGAACCUGAAAAAGUCCGACCGGUCGGUGCGCCUCGUGUCGUUUGAGGGCUUCUACCACGAGGGCUUCUUUGAGCCGGGCGAAGACAAGCUCAAGUUCGCUCGUGCCUUUUGGGACUGGCUGGACGAGCAGGUAGAUGUACACGCCCACGGUCGGCCGCUGCCGCCGUCCGACGACCGGUAUGUUACGUAG